AUGGGCCAUCACAAUGACAUGCUUCAAUCUGCUGAGCUGGUGCACCAAUCUUCCACCGAUGCUGCCUCAUCACUGCUGGUAACAGCACUUAACGAAGGACGGGAUGUGUUCAUGGAUGGCACUCUGUCAUGGGAGCCCUUCGUUGAGCAGACAAUUGCCAUGGCACGUAACGUUCACAAAUGUCGCUACCGCAUGGGAGUGGGCUACAACGUGGCCGAGGAUGGCACCAUUACUGAGAAUUACUGGGAGCAGGUAGAGGAAGAAGAUGAGGAGGAGGAGCAAGCAAAAGAAAAUAUAGGAGCCCCCAAGAGAAAACCUUACAGAAUAAAUCUGGUUGGAGUGGUUUGCGAUGCUUAUCUGGCUGUUGUCAGAGGCAUCAGGAGAGCUAUAAUAAAGGGAAGGGCGGUGAGGGUCAAUUCACAGUUGAAAUCUCACAAGAGGUUUGCGAGUGUGUUUCCAAGAUACUGCCAGCUUGUUGAUAAUGCCAGGCUCUAUUGCACCAAUGCUUUGGGUGGCCCAGCUACGUUCAAGCGUUCUGAUCUCGUUUUGUUCGAUAAACGUGAAGUUAUGCAAUUCGAACGGUUACAAAAAGGGGUACAUUUGUAA